GGCUUUAUUAAAAAUCUUUCCCGCUGCAUCGGCAAACACGGUGCAAACGGCAAAACGUUUUUAUUGUAAUGAUCACCUUACAUCCAUAGAGCCUGUGCCAUACUUGGAUUGGCCCCGGUAUCCCCGUUUGUAUAGGAUUCUGGGAGGAGCGUUCUUUACGCACGGGGAAUGGCGGAGUAGGAAAGAGAUGGGGGCUUGACAUAAUAUUAUCCCACUCUUCUGUUUCUCUGUUGUGAUCAACUCGGUGACUCUCACAAUGGAUCCAGAGAAAACCUUGACGUUCUGCCUCGGAGUGACGGCGGAGGAGAUGACCAUCUCUCUGCAGGGGCCCGAGGGCACGGAAGCAAAGGUAACCGUUUCUCCAAAGGCCCCUGUCAUAGGAACCAUCAGCAAGGGGGUGAAGUACCCGGGCAAAGGCAGUCAGCCUAUGAUCAGUCCUAAACACUGUCCAGGAAUCAACAACAGCCCAGGGUACCUGUGUGAGACUGGACACUGCUGUGGAGAAACAGGCUGCUGCACCUACUACUACGAGCUCUGGUGGUUCUGGCUGCUGUGGACGGUUCUGAUCUUGUUCAGCUGCUGCUGUGCGUACCGGCACCGCAGGGCCAAGCUCCGCAUGCAGCAGCAGCAGAGACAGAGAGAGAUCAGCCUGAUCGCCUACCAUGGAGCGUGCAAUUACCCUAGCUCUAUGCUGGACCUCAGUUUCUUGGCCUCCUUCAAGCUGCCGUCCUAUGAGGAAGUGGCGGCCCAGCCCAGCACCCCGCCCCCUGCCUACAGCUCUGUGUUCGGCCUGCAGGGAGGGGGCGCCACCACCUCGUACCCCCACCCCUACGGCCAGCACCCCCAGCCUCCCUGCCCCCCCUACCUGUCUCAACGGGCCGGCCCCAGCGGAAUGACUUCUCCCCAGAGCUCUGACAACUACACCAGCUGCUCCUGUGAGUCCUGCUCCCUCACGUCCCCCUCGAGCACCUCCUUCUCCGUCCAAGUGACAGACGAGACGGAUGACAGCAGCCUCGCCUCCACCCCCAGCGAGGCUACAGGUGGGCGUGACCCGGGCGGCACCGUGGCCUGGGGCAGAUCCCCGUCAGAAGGGAUCCUGACCCUGCCUCCUCCACCCACCCUUCCCCCUCCUCCUGACCUCCGACCCAUACCCUCGCCCAACGUCGUCCCGAUUUGUUCCCCCAGCGUUAGCGAGGGGACUCCGGCCACGCCCCUCGCCCUCCCCCUGCCUACUUCCAAUCACUCUAUUCCCCCCUUCCCUCCACCGCUUCACUUUACCCCUCCCCUGCUUCCCUCGCCCUCUUUUCCUCCCCCUCCAGUCCAUUGCCUCCCCCUGCUUGUCCUCUCCGACCGACUGGGAGCGACGCCAGAGCGGAGAGGGGAGGAGCAGAGCCCCAAGCCCACCCCGUCGCCCCCUAAACACACCCUUUUCUCCUCUGACGUGGCCUUCUUUGAGCACCACAGCCACUCGGAAGAUGGGGAAAAGGAGGAAGAGGAGGAGGAAGAGGAGGAAAACGAGGACCACUUCCGUCACCGUCGACUGACCGGGGACUCGGGAAUAGAGGUAUGCCGGUGCCAGGUUAAGCGGGUGAAAGAGGUGGAUGAGGAGGGCGAGGAAGGGAAGGAGGAGGAGGGAAAGAAGGAUGAAGAGGAAGGAGAGGAGGCGGGGUUUCUCCACGACAGCGUAGACUGUUCCCUUCGAGCACAGGCCGUCAUCCCAUCACAGCUCCCCGAUGAGCGAGCCAUGCAGUGCGGCCCCGCCUCCUCCUCUGCCAUCCUCAGGGGCAGGGACUCUGUCAUUACCGUGGAGUCAUCAUAAAGUCAACAAAUGAGACCCAGCCAAUCCUGUCAGGUGACCGACAAGCUGACUUGACUGACAACCUAUGAGGAUGUGGGUAUGUUUACUGUGGCCGCAUCCCCCACCUGCUGUUCAGUUUAGAGGGGAUACAAGGCCUGAAUACCAACUAACGUCUGCCUGUUGUUUCAUUGGUUUAGAGCCAUGGUCUAGUGCCAUGGUCUAGUCAGGUGCAUAGGUUCCUGUUGUGAACUGCUUGUUUUAUGUACGUGCCAGAGUUCCUGCUGAGCUCUCAUGGAGAAAAAAGACAUAUUUUUUAUUCCCCCCUCCCCCCCAGAGGAUAAACAAAGCAGCAGUGAAAAUGCUAAUGCCGUUGGCUAGCCUUCUCUUAUUGUCACACACAAACUGUCACUCGCAUUCACGUACAUGCACACACACAGGAAGAGAAGCAACAGCUGCGUGGAGCUGUGUGAAGCCAGCAUAAUGUUCACUUAGCGUCCGAUACAGACCCACACACACGUCUGCUAGGUUUUCAGCUCUGGGCCUGCCUUUUCAAUUUGCAUCAAAAAGUCCCUUCCUCUCCUCCUAUGCCCUUCCCCUGUCUCUCUCUCUCUACCUCUAUCUCUCUCCACACACACACACACUGCUUGGUCUAUGAUAUCUAUAUCAAUAAUGCCAAAGCAAUAACGAUGGGAUCAAAGGUGAAUGUCUAGGACUAAUCAUUGGAAAACUGGGAGGUUGUGUGUCUGCCAGAAUUCACAUCUCCUGGGUAUUUUCCAGUGUUUUCCUUUGCAUUUGGUCACUUUGUCGUUUACUAUGUCUCUCCGGUAUUCUCCUGUUGUCCAGUGCCAGUUGAUGAAGUACAGUAACAGAACACAACACACCACCAACUGAGAAAUUCCAGUCACUUUCGUUUCACGUUGUUGCUGUCUGACCUGGAAUUUUGCUUGUCCUGUCAGAACAUGUCUGUCAGAACAUAUGUGUACUUCCCCACUGAUAUUGAAUGUAAUGUUUUGCCUAAUGGUGGAUAACUGUUUGAAAUGUAUAACAUGGAACUCAUGGGAUAGAGCCUACUGCUCAUUGAAAUAACAGGAUAUCACUGCUCCAAGAAGUGAACUUUGAACUUUAGAGCAGUUCAUGAAAGACUUAUUGUGUGAAUUUAAGUGCCCGUAUCACUCACGUUUGUUCUAACACCAUUUCUUGGACUUUGUGAAGUGAACAUUUUCAAUUAGGAGCAAUUGAAAAAAAAAAAAAGAAUUCUUGGAUUUGGUGAACCACAUUUCUGCAUUACAACAAUGGAUUGUUCUUAUCAUGAGAUAAUAAGACAUGCAGUCUCGGAGGAUAAUUGCACUCCACUCUGCUUUCAGAGUGCUACGUAGACCCAUUGGUUAUUGCUGGAAAGCCCAGUGUAAAGGCAUCUGGACAUAAUCAUUUUCAGAUCAGUUGUUUAACUGCUUUUAAAGCCUUUUGGUUUCAAAGUAGAACUUCACCUCUGGACUGUGUGGAACCGUGCAAGAAAUGUUUCCACUGCAGGGGAAGACUGCUUACUGUGGAACACUCCUGUUGUUGGAGUGCAGGAUCAUUAUACCUUUUGUUACAGGACAACAUUCACCACAACGGCGCUCACUGUGAUUACAAUCAAAAUCCCUUUUAUUUCUGAUGAAAUUACAAAUAUGACCAGGUGUGUGUUCUUUUGUUGGGAGCAAUUUUUUUCCUUCUCGUGUGACGCCUUUUUCAGGGCGUCAACUCUAUGAGUUAUUUAAAGACACAGAUACUUCUACCCUCCUGGAAAACUUCUCCAUUAGAAAGUCACUUUAUAGAAAUGGUUGCUAUAGCUUUCUGUGCUGGCCUCUGUUGGAACACCAGUGCAGCUAUCAACCUACUACUAGACUGGACCAUUAGACUAGACUACAUUUAUCCAAAGCUAGAUCUGUUGUAAUGUUUUACACUUUGGACAUUACGCUGUCACCUGUACUGUACUUAUGCUGUGUAUUUGUAGCCAACUUCUUGUUUCUAACUACAAGCAUUCAUCCUUGCCUUUCGGGUGGUAAUGUUCAAAGUGGUUUUUUUUUGGGGGGGGGGGGGUGCUCUCUGUUUCCUGUCUGUAUAGGGGCUGAUGCCCUCUGCCCAUCUGAGUUGACAGAUAGUCUGACGUAUAUUUUCUUAUUGUAGAAUGAGGAUAGGAGAUCCUUAAAACAUCACUAGAAACAUCCCUGAACAUAUCAUAGCCAGAUGGCUACCUUUCGUUAAAAGAUCAAACGUUCAUAUUUGGGGUCUAGAGAGUUGUUGGGGGAACCUGUUUCAUAGUUACUUUGUGCCUAAAAUAAGAUUUCCUUUGCGUUUGGGUGCUUGUCAUUGAGUAUUUAUCUAUGUGCCACAUUGUGUGGAUUAUGUAAUAGUUGUAUAUAGUUCUAAACCAAAUAGGAAUAAUAAUUUUCCAGCAGUACUUAAGCAGUCUCUUUAUAAAAUAUAUAUACAGUACACUGGUACGUGAGACUUAGGAUAAAAUAGUAUUUAGCAAUAGUAUGGUAUUCACAGAUUAUUCUUAUUCCGAUCAACGUGAGUUGAUAGGUGAUUAUUGUUGAAAUAAUGAAUCAACCUCUUCUCAUCUAUGAUUGUAUACAACAAAGCCUGGGAGAAACUUUCUUUAGGCUUAAGACUGUUGUUAUGAACGGAUUUCUGAUCAGCUCGGCACCACCCCACUUUUAAACUACACCCUUUUGAGAGGACAGACCAAUCAGAUCCUAGUUCAGUGUUUAGGACAGGCUUAGUCUUAUUUGGCUGGGUCAGCAGUCGGUCCUUGUGUGUGACCCCUGUCCCUGCUCAGCCACGGCAUGAUACAAGACUGUUAUCUUGUGGAGUUUUGACCGCAAAAAGGGAUGUUUACAUCUCCUAAUGCAGAUACAACACACUUUAUAUUUGUACUAUGUUUCUUUUAUAAGGCCAGUAAAUACACAAAUGCUGACAGUGCUGAAAAACACUGCUGAGGUCAGCACUUAUUUUGUUUGGACAAGUGACUCAUUCUUGAAAAAGAAAACCUGUCCCGUCUGGACAGCUCAAGACUGUUGGUUCUUCUCUGCUGCGAGAACACGUAGCAUAUUCCUCCAAGUCCUGCCACUCGUGGAUAGCAGGCUGCGUUGUGACUGUUAAUGAAUUUGAUUUUGAGAUUUCAACAGAGGAACAUAAAAUUAGAGGGGAAGCCAAGCUUACCCAACAGUUGUAACUGCAGCGACUACUCUAGUGUGCAUGUGAGAGUGGUGACAAACUUUCUAUAUCCUAGUUAUGUUUCAGCCUCUUCAUUAUGAGGUCAAAGUAAUUUGGUUAUUUGUUAAGAUGACAUUUUUAUGAACUUGUCACUGUCAAUGUUGCAUUUAUUUUGUAUCCUGUAUAGGACAUGGUAAAUUUGUAGGUAAACUGAUAAUGGGGUGUAACAAACUGUUUUGAUGAUGUACUUUUACUGUGCAGUUCUUCUGUUCUCCUGUAGUGCUUUCAAUGCUUGGUGAUUUGACUCCAUGCUGCAGUUACUUCAUGCUCCAUGUUAGUCUGAGUGCGACGUUGAUUUGGAUAUAGACCAAAUCAAACAACCACUUACGAAAAACAGAAUUGUGUAUUUUCUGUGGAAAUAAAUGUUGGUACACAAACACUACGUUACUUCAAAUAAAUGCAA